ACGCUCGCCUUGUUUGUGACGAGACGUUCCUACCGGAGGUCACACUCACCGACCGGUUCCUUGUCAGCCUGCCGACUGACUAUCGCCUAGAGCUAUGGAGGCGAUCAUUCUCUUCCGCAAGCAGGCAUACGAGGCUGCGCGUCAGUACCAGAGGAUGUGCAGUCGCUUCUCCGUCGCCCCAUCCUCUUCGCGGCCAGCCGCCACCUCUCAGUCUCGGGGUACCACCCGAGGUCGCUCCUCGUUUGCUGGUCGUUUUCGUCGCCCGACCCGCCCUGGAGCGUCAUUCUCUCAGYGCUACAGUUCUCUGGAGUACGGCGAGGACGCCUCGGCCGAGKUUGACCCUACCCUUGGGGACGCCCCCGAGGACAUCGAGCUACGAGACGUCAUCCAGUAUCACUUGGAUGACGACACUAUUCCGGUGGCCGAGCGCUUGCUGAUGGCCAUGUCUGCCAUGGGUCGUGCUCGUAGUCGGGACACGAUAGACGCAAUUCUCUCCGCCCCAUCGUCUAUCGAGGUACCGUCUGCCUCCCAGCAGACUGCCGCAUCUAGCGCUUCUCGCUUGAGACUUCCGACGCGUCGCGCCAUUCGCACARCCCGUUGUGGCGCUCAACUGGCGACUCGCGAUGACGUUGUGUCAUCUCUCCUGGACUUUAGCAUUCUGCAGGCUCGUCAGGAGCGCCUCACGAGACACAUCAACGUCCUGCGUCGUCUUCUCGCCUUGCUCUCUGACCCUGAUCGCACCCUACCCAUCAUCCCUAUUCGCCUAGGGACAUCUACGAGGGUGUACCGCGCUUUAUGGGACUCUGGCUCGCAGGGAGAUUUCGUUCACCCUCGAGUGGUUGAGGAAGCUCGCCUAGCUACCUCUGGGUCUCGCUCUCCUAUCUCYGUUACCCUCGGAGAUAACAAGACGCAGCGCUUCUUCGAUCAGACGGUCCCCGACCUCCACUUCUCCCUCACCCUCCAGCCACCGGAUAGUACCCAAGCGCCUCGGCGCUACCAUUCCCCCGCCUACUUCGACGUGCUGGAGACUGGGUACGACUUUAUCCUUGGCACUCCCUGGUCUCGCCGGUUCCAUAGCACAGAGGCCGAAUGGGCGUUUGAGACACUCAUUCUCAAAACGAAGUGUGGUCAAACCCAUCGAGUCCCCUUCAUUGGAACCACGGGCGACACCCCUCCAAACCUACCUCCCCAGGACCCUCGUCCUUCUGGGUCCCACCCAGACAUCUCCUUCACUUCUCCCCGUCAGUUUGCUCACUUCAUCCGACAAGAGGACGUCACGCUCUACUCAGUGAACGUCAUGGAUCUUCUUCACUACGAUCUACUCUGUCCCGAGGUUGAGCUCAUCUCACUGGAGCCCGAUCCCCCUGACCCUUCCUCCAUCUUCGCGGCUCCCAUCUCUACAUCCACCCCGCAGCCUGCGGAUACCCCCUCGACAUCCCAGGUUUCUACGCCGUCCACUGCCGAGUCCACCCAUACGUCUCGUGCCGACGCAGACGUUGAGGAACUCAUGAGGUUCACGGCUGACUUAGAGCCCAUCAUUCGCGACCUGAUUCGGGAGUACCACGACGUCUUCCCCCCAUAUUUCUCAUACAGCGGGAUUCCCCCGAUGCGCGCACCAUACCGACUCUCGAUUCCAGAGGCGACGGAACUCAAGCGUCAACUUGAGGAGCUCCUUCGACUUGGUUUCAUUAAACCUAGUAACUCYCCUUGGGGUGCACCUGUCCUCUUUGCUCGCAAAGCGGACGGAACUCUCCGCCUCUGCAUCGAUUAUCGCGGCCUUAACCGUUACACGGUUAAGAACAGCUAUCCCAUGCCCCGCGCGGAUGAGCUGUUUGACCGUCUGGCAUGCAACCGCUUCUUCACGAAGAUCGAUCUUCGUAGCGGUUACCACCAGAUCCGCGUUGCCGCAGAGGACCAGCCGAAAACCGCCUUUCAAUCGCGCUUCGGCCACUACGAGUUCACGAUGAUGCCAUUUGGCCUCACCAAUGCACCCGCCACCUUCCAGACGGCGAUGAACGACAUCUUCAGGGACAUCCUUGAAGAAUACGUUUUCGUAUACCUGGAUGACAUCUUGGUCUACAGUCGUACCUUAGAAGACCAUAUCAGACACCUCCGCGAUGUCCUACAGCGCUUACGCAAGCAUGGCUUCUAUGCCAAGCUCAGUAAGUGCCGCUUUGCCCAACGCAAAGUAGACUUCCUAGGACACCAUGUGUCUGACCAGGGUCUCCACAUGGACGACGCGAAGAUCACUGCUAUUGCAGAGUGGCCCGUCCCCACAUCUGCCAAGCAACUUCGCAGCUUUCUAGGCCUCACCAGCUACUAUAGUAAUUUUAUCCAGGGAUACGCUAGGUAUUCCUACGUCCUUACCUCCACCCUCCUCCGGAAGAACCCGCCGUGGUUUUGGACACCCCUCUGCGAGGACGCCUUCCGCGCCCUCAAGAAGGCGGUGACUUGCGCGCCGGUUCUUCGCCUUCCCGAUUUUGAUCGUCCCUUUAUCGUCACCACCGAUGCGUCAAAUUUUGCAGUAGGAGCUGUCCUUUCUCAUGUGUUUCCCUCUCCUCCAGAUUCACCUGAGCCCCAUGUUCCUCCUUCCCCCCCCCCUCCUGCUGACACUGCUUCUCGACUGACGCCUAUCCUACCACCACUUCCCUCCAUUGACAGUCCUCCCAUUACUUACUCUCCGACCAUCGCGGAGGAUGGGACUGUCGAGGCUCGUGUUGGGGAUUGCUCGAUCGCUUUCUACUCCCGUCAGCUACUACCUGCCGAGAUAAACUACACUGCCGAUGAACGUGAGUUGGGCCCAGACACUCGUUGCCCUGCGCUUGACGACUGGAUCGCCCACAUGGCGGCGAUUAUGAAGUGCGCACACGAGAGUUUAGCCGACUCCCAGACUCGCAUGGCCGCACGAGCGAACCGAUCACGAAUGGAUCAUCCAUUCAAAGUCGGUGACGAUGUGCUCGUCGACGCACGCCACUUACAGCUCAAAGCAGAUAUGCUUCGCAAGUUCAGGCGUCGUUUCUUCGGUCCAUGCCGCAUCCUUCAGGCCGUCGGCUCUGAUACUACCGCUAGUCCGGUCAGCUUCCGUGUGAAGCUACCUGAUUACCUUCGACAGACUCGCGUACACGAUGUUUACCACGUCUCCUUGCUGCGUCCUUAUCGCAGACCGUCCGAGCGCUUCGCCGGACGCCCUUAUGAGCGCCCUCCACCUAUCAUGGUGGACGGUCACGAGGAGUUCGUUGUUUCCGACAUCGUAUCACGCCGAGUUACCGACUAUACCCCUCCACGCAUCGAGUACCUUGUGCGUUGGAAGGGCUACCCUGAUGAGGAGGCUACUUGGGAGCCCCUCGAGCACUUGCAGCACGCCAGGAUGUUGGUGCGUGCAUAUGAUCGUGCUCGUCGUGCUGGGACAUCUGCUUCUACUCAGCCGACUGACCCUCUUCCUCCUCCUCCGGCUGAGGAGAUCGCUGAGGAUGAGCCCGCUYCCUCUGAGGCCGUUCCUCAGCCGCAGAUGGUYGCCUCCRAGCGUCCACAGCGCACUCAUCGUCGCCCUUCAYGUUACGAUGACUGACACUCUUAUCCUCCAUCUUUCCCCACUGACUCACACCAUCAGGUACUYCAUCAUCARCUCUUCUUCAGGAUGUCARCGUUUUGCG